UACAAGUGCAAAAAAAUGUCAUUAACAAAUAGGGCGUCUUUGUGUUAGUAAACAAAGUCACAUGACACUUGACCUCUUACCCGGAAGUAAUCGCUCGGCGGAAAUAGCCGAGAGCAGCCGUCUCCUUGCGGACCGUGUAAGGAGGCAGAGCUUGGAAACAAGCAUCAUAAGUCGGUCCUCUUUGGAGGGACAAGAACAUCAAACAUUUGCGUUGCAAUGAAUGGAAAUCGUAUAAAAACGUCCACAUCGCCACCUCUUCAAGUUCCCGGACAGUCUCAACAAAGAAACAUUUACCCAUUUGUUGAGGAGUUUCAGCCACAGAACUUUCAACAGUCUGGCUACUCACAGCCUAGUCAGCACCAGUAUUCUGUCCAGCAAUUAGGUGUGCAAGCCUCUAACUAUGAAAUAGGGAAACCUGGGUUCAGUGCUCCUCGAAUGACCAGUCCUGGUUUAGGCCAACAACAACAGACAAAUAUGUAUCAACAACAAACACAGCAGCAAGGCAUGAGGCCAAGUGCGCCUUUUUUCCAAACUAAUCAACAGAAUAUGAAUAUGAGGCCACAGAGAUAUCCAAGUCCUGGAAAUCCUCAGUCGCUGAUGUAUGGAGGACCACAGAUGAUAUACAUGGGAGGAGGGCAGUUCCCUGGGCAACAACCAAUUAUAAUGAAUGCAGCAAACAUGAUUCCACAACAGAGAAUGCCCAAUCCACAAUACAACCCUGGAGGUAUGCCAUCCAACCCUACUGGAUACAUCCACCAGAUUCCGCCACAACAGACACCUAUCUCUACCUACCCACAAGGUUAUGGGAAUCAACCUUUGUUCAUGGGAAACACAGCGACCAGUCAGCGGCCGCCGUCAACACAAGGUCAGGCCCCACAACAGUACACUAAACCAAAAGGGAGAACCAUUAUAAGUAUUGUUGAUCCAAAUAGUGGUAAAGAUUUGACAGCAGAGAUACUUAAGACAACACAAAGUUCGACAGAAGUAACUGGAUCUUCUGAUUCGGGGUCCAGAAGUACACCAGUGGGAAAUACAGAGGAAGUGUCGGGGCAGAGUGAGGGGUCAAAUGCUAUAGCAGCACAAUUUGCAGCUCAGGUUGCUGCCAAACUCUACCAUCCAAAAGAUGGAGAAGGUCCUCCAAGUCAUACACCCCCUCCUUCAGCACACCAGCAAGCAUCUUUGUCACAGGGGGCAGUACCAGGUGCAAUGCCUUCAGGUGAUCACGCUCAUCCAGCUACGACUGGCUCAAACCCAGUCCAGGUUGUCCUGGAACAACCUCCAGUUACCACACCAACACAAUCUGUACAUGUAGAUAGUGCAACUGCAGACAACUCUAAAACUCAUCAAAGUCUUUCAAAUGGCAGGCCUGCUCCUCCUUCAGAAGUUGUCCAAACUUCUGAAGUGCCACCUGUAGCGGUAGUGGAGACUGUUACUCCUGUAGAUAGUGCAUCAAAUGCCAAGAAAUCAUUAGAAACCUCAGAACCAGUGACUGUUAGUGUUAUAAGUGCACCAGUUGUCUCAGAAAGAACUAAUGUUAGUGAAGAACGUAGUGACUCUAGUAGUGCUCGUGAAAUUACACCAGAAGUAAAUAUAGUGCCACCAACGCCUGUUGAAAAGAAACCAGAUAUGAAAAUACCAGAAAUAAGUGAUGAACCAACAAAAACUGAAGAACCAACGGCGGAAGUAUCAGUUCCCAAAAAGCAGAAAUCAAAGUUGAAAAAGAAGGACUUGAACAAGAAAGGAGACCAAAUAUCUGGUUCCGAGUUUGACGCCUACACAGAUACAUCAGUAUCAAUUGAACCACAGCAGCCGGAGGCUACACCAAGUGAACCCGAAGUGUCAGAACCAGUCGAAGAAACACCCGAACCAUCAGUGCCUGAGGAACCAGUCACAGAGGUAACCACAGAGCCGUCAAAGACACCCUCGCCAACCCCCACAGAUGACAUCGUACCCAAGGUGGAAAUCAAGAUUGAAGAUGGUGACGCUGAAUUAGAGGAAGGCGAAAUAGUGGAUGAUGAAGAUGAAGAUGCCAUGAGUAUGGGACUGAGAUACAAGUAUUCAGAAGAGCAAUGGAGUCCCUUGAAUCCCGAGGGAAAGAAGCACUAUGAUAGAGAGUUUUUGCUACAGUUCCAAAAUGAGUACAGUGCUGUGCAGAAGCCAGCAGGACUUCCUGACAUUCCAGACAUCAUUCUUGACAAGCCCCAGGGAAUGGGUCGGCAGUUUAGUCGAGAAUUGUCUGGAGGCAGUUCUGGUGGGCAAGACUUUAUAGAUUUCACUCCCAAAUAUGUAUGGGGUGGUGGGGGUGGUGGUGGAGGAGGCCAGAAGUCACGUGGUCUACCUCGUCAACCAAGCAACCAAAAGAAUAAGAGUGGUCCACCACCUCGUCACAUUAAUUUGUCCAUCAGCAAGGAUAUAGAGCUACACAAGGCUAAAGAAGCCUGGAAACCGUCGCAUUCAGAUGCUAAAAAAGAAGCUGAAGAAGAUGAAGCCAAGAAUGCGGAAUUGUACAAAAAGACAAGAAGUAUAUUGAACAAGUUGACGCCCCAGAAGUUUCAAACUCUGGUUACACAGAUGCAGUCGUUACCGAUAGACUCUGAAAGUAAACUUAAAGGAGUCAUUGAUUUAGUCUUUGAAAAGGCUAUCAGUGAGCCAAGCUUCAGUGUUGCCUAUGCCAAUAUGUGCAGAUGUUUGUCAAUGUCCAAAGUGCAGUCAGAAUCUAAACCAGGAGAGAUGGUAAACUUUCGUGCUGUGUUAUUGACAAGAUGUCAGAGGGAGUUUGAGAAGGACAAAUCCUCUGAAGCAGGUUUUUUGGUCAAACGUGAAGAAAUUGAAAAGGCUGAAGAUGGUGCAAAGAAAGAGGAGUUAAAACAAGAAUUAGCUUAUGAAGAAUCUAAAGCAAAACGAAGAUCUUUAGGAAAUAUAAGGUUUAUAGGUGAAUUAUUUAAAUUGAAAAUGUUGACAGAGAACAUUAUGCAUGACUGUGUGUUCAAAUUAUUACGCACCAAAGAUCCAGAAAAUCUCGAGUGCUUAUGUAGACUACUCACAACUAUAGGAAAAGAAUUAGACGUAGAUAAGGCAAAGCCUAGAAUGGAUCAGUAUUUUCAACAAAUGGGAAAGAUUGUGAAUGAGAAGAAGACUUCAUCAAGAGUUAGAUUUAUGUUACAAGAUGUCAUGGAUUUAAGAACAAACAAAUGGGUGCCUCGUAGAGUAGACAACAAUCCAAAGACAAUAGACCAGAUUCAUAAGGAAGUCGCUCAGGAAGCUCAAGAAAAAGCUUUACUCUCCCAACAAAAUCAAAUGCAACAGAGGUCUCAAAGAGGUGGCAGAAGAGGUCCUCCAGAUCAGAGAGGAGGUGCUGACGGUUGGAACACAGUUGGUGCAAACAGAACUCCGCUAAAAUCUGUAGAUAGAUCUAUAGACCCAUCCAAAAUGAAAUUAUCUAAACAAAAUGUAGAUGAGAGCAAUAUACAGCUGGGCCCUGGGGGUGGUGCAAGCAGAUUCUCAGGGUGGGGACGUGGUAGUACCGGUGGUACAACUAGCAGACCCUCACAAGAGAAGGAAAAACCAAACACACCAGCUAACAGAUUCUCUGCCCUUAGUCGACCAGAUGAGGAGCAGGGACGUAGAUUUGGUGGUGUAAGUCCUGCCAGAAGUGACAGUAGAGGUCGCGGGUUCGGCAGACCCCCAUCAUUAGGCGCCAGGCGCUCUCAGGAAACGGAACGGGAAAGAGCUGUAGCAGCAGCCAAAGCAAUUGGUGCCAGUCAGUCUGUAGAGGGCGGUCACAGAGAGAGAAGUCGUGGGCGUGCCGAACCAGAGCCUCAACCUACUCCGGUUCAGCCAGCAUCUACCGAGCUCAAGGUCCUAUCUGAAGACGAGAUGGACAAGAAAACCAAAGCUAUCCUUGAUGAAUACUUUGCCAUUCAAGAUAUGAAGGAAGCACUAUUGUGUGUUCAGGAGCUGUCUACCCAGAACCAUCAUCAUUUUGUAUACAAUGCCAUUAAUCAUGUGCUAGAGAGGUCACCCCAGUCAAGGAAACAGACUGGCCAUUUACUGCACGAUCUAGUCAAAAAAUCAGUUAUAUCUGUUGAUAAUUAUAUUAAAGGGUUGGUAGAAGUGUUGGAGUAUGCGGAAGAUUUGGAGAUUGACAUUCCUAAGAUCUGGCAGUAUUACGGUGAACUGAUCAGCCCCAUGAUUCAAGAUAACAGUGUACCGUUAAGCUUCCUCAAACAGGCAGCCGCUCCACUCAUUGCAAAUAACAAGGCUGGAAUUCUUCUGGCAGAAAUCCUUCAUGAUGCUAGUCAAAGAGAGGGGCAUAAGAAAGUUGCGGGUCUGUGGACCAGUUCGGGACUACAAUGGUCUGAAUUUGUGCCUAAAAACCAAGUAGAACAGUUCCUCAAAGAUAAGGGACUGGAAUACACUAGUGGUGGUGAUAGUGCCCCAACCACCCCCACAACUGGGCUUCCAUUGAGUGAGAUAGAAGUGAAUCUGCAGGACCUUAUAGUCAAGAAGAAGGCGGAUAAUGAGACCGUAUUUGAUUGGAUAGAAAGUAACGUAGAUGAUCCAACCACGAAACGAGCCAAGUUUAUUCGUGCCCUAAUGACUGCUGUAUGUUUAAGUGCAAUCAAAGGUGAGAAAGGUAAAGAGAGACUGGACCCUAAGGAGAUCAGUGCACGGAAUGAUUUAUUGCAGAAAUACCUCGACCACCAACCAGACUCUGAGCUGCAAGCUCUCUAUGCAGUGCAGGCAUUGAUUGCCAAGCUAGAACAUCCUCAAGGCGUACUGAGAGGAAUGUUCGACACUUUAUAUGAUGAAGACAUCAUUUCAGAAGAUGCAUUUUUUCAGUGGGAGAAAUCUGAAGACGAGCCUGAAGGCAAGGGUGUAUGUUUAAAACAAGCCAUCCAGUUCUUUACUUGGUUACGCGAGGCUGAUGAAGACAGCUGAGGCCGGCUCAAUUCUAGGAUUUAAUAUAUAUUAUACAUACGUACAAUAAUUGGACAUAUUAUUUUCACUAUCUCCUCCCAAGACUGUGAAUACUAAAAGAUGAAAGUUGUGUUAUUAAAAAGAGAAGAAAUUUUUUUAUUUUUUUUUUGUUGACAAAUUUUGCAAGUGACUUAAGGUUGCUUCGAAACUAUUGUGAUAUAAAACUAUACAUACAAAAAAAGUAGACAUAUUAGAUUAAAAAAAAAGUUUAAAACUAUGUUCAUUAGAGUUAGUGAAAUAAUGAUUCUGUGUCUCUUAUUUUUUUGUGUGUGACGAGGAGAAUGAAGGAAUUACGGAAGGAAAAUGUUUUUGGAACUGACAUAUGUUUGAAUGGUGUAUUUACUCUAAAAAUCUGGAGUGUUGGAAAAUUUAAAUUCUCAAAUAUAUAUGUAUAAUAUGAACUUCUGAUAAAAGGUUUUUGCAAUGAUGAAAGUUUUCGAGAUAGUAACCUGGAGGCUUGCACGGAAUCUUUGCAUCUCAUUCUAGUUCAUUUUGUCAUUGUUGUUCAUACACUGGAGUUCAACUUGUAAUAUAUGCGGUGUUUAAUUUAUUUAUAAUUUUUCUCUUAAAUUUUUUUUUUUUUUUUUGUUGAAAUACAAGUGCUGUUUGUUUAUUUCGUAUUGUUGAUACGUAACAUUUUUGGGGCGUUAAAUAAAAUAGUAUUAUACAUGCGUAUAUAUAUGUGUGUGGAAUCGCUGUUUACUUAUUGAAAUUUAGGUGAAAGGCCUGUGACUUGAUAUGAUUAGGAAAAUCCCGUCGACUGGGCCGUUGGUAGGGUAAUUUAUACGAGGCUGCCAAGUAAUAACUUUAAGGGUAUAGUGUCGAUUGAUUUCUAAAAUAUAUUUUAAUGAUAAAGCCUUGAUAGUUUUUAGAUUUGAUUUACAAGCACAAAAAUAGUUGUCCAGUAAAUAGAUUUGUACAUUUAAUUAUAAGAUUUGCUUAAAAAGAUUAUAUUAAUGAGCAGGAAUUUAAAAUUGUUGUGAAAAUAACGGAACUCUAUUCAUAGAUUUUUAUUCUAUGAGUAGGUUGUUUGCAAUUAUUAUGCAUGGAAUUGUCUGCUUUUCUAGUAUCGUACUGGUUUUUUACCAGUACAAUAUGAAUAUUGAUAUAUAUUAUUUGUAAAACAAAAACCAGACGAUUUUUGCCAUUGUGAUGUAAAUUGAUUUUUAAAAAAAAAAUGGAAUUUGAAAUGUAUUAUAUUAAAUUUUUCUUAAUGUUUAUCGAUCGCCAUAGGUCAUUGAAAAUGUUUAAAUGUAUGGAUUCUCUAGAAUGGUUUUUUCUAUGAACUUUUGAAAGUUAGGAGCGUCCUGUAUAUAAGAUGGGGGCAUAUUAAGAAGUGAACAGUGAUAAGUCCAAUAGGAUGGAGUUUAAUACAAGUAUAUAUAGUCUUUUUUUUUGUAUUAAGUAAAUGGUUCAUGCAUGAAAAAAAAAA